AUGCAGUCCGGAAUCACAGUCUCCUCGGAGCUGCAAGAUGCCUUCACCCGCUUCAACUCCGACGCCUCAAUCUUCUGCCUCCCAGUAACCAUUACAUCCGAAAGCCUGACUCCUCUCCCAGCCCUUUCGUUCAGCGGCACACCAACCAAGGAAUCAUUCCUGUCGUCCCUCCCCCAGCUGCAAUCAACCCUUCAGCCCAAAACACCCCUCUACCUCCUGCUGCGCCGUCCCACAGCCGCUGGCACCGCAACUCUCAUCGCUCUAACUUACAUCCCGUCCAAUGCGCCCGUGCGGGCCAAGACGCUCUUUGCGUCGACCCGCUCAACUCUGAGUCGUGAGCUUGGGACUGAGAAGUUUGGUUCGACGGUCUUCGCUACGGAGGAGGAGGAGAUCCUUAGUGUUGAAGCUUGGAAGGAGCGUGAUGGCGAGGGAGCUGGUGGUGUUAGUCGGGAAGAGAUGAUGGGUGAGAAGGAACGUGAGCUUGAGGCUGUGAGACGGGCUGAGGCUGAGGCUAGGAGUGGGACUCCUGGUCGGGAUAUUGGUAUCGGGGGCACCUUUGGUCCUGGGUCUGGCUCUGGCAUGAAGAUCUCUAUGCCUGUUGAUGAGGGGGCUAAGACUGCUUUGCGCGAUCUACGGGAUGGUGGAUUGGUGCAGUUGACGAUUGAUAUCCCCACGGAGAAGAUCACGCUGGCUGGUUCCCAGGCUGGUGUUGAGCCCAACGAUGUCGCCAUGCAUAUCUCUGAGACUUCGCCGCGCUAUUCCUUCUACCACUACCCCGGGUCUGAUGUUGUGGUCUUUGUGUACACUUGCCCGACCGGAUCGUCUAUCAAGGAGCGCAUGCUGCACGCCAGCUCGCGGAGGAACGCCAUUGCGGUUGCUGAACAGGAAGGCCUCAAGAUCUUGAAGAAGAUUGAGGCCUCGGGCCCUGAUGAAAUCACCGGCGAGCGUUUGCAAGAAGAAGUCAACCCGCCACAGAACCUGGGCACUGCGCGAGGAUUCGCCAGACCCCGUCGCCCUGGCAGGUAA